AUGAACAAUGCCGACGACUUCUACGGCUACAGUGACGAAGACGAGGAGUUGGUGAUGGGGGACGACGACGACAACGAGGGGUGGCAGGACCAGGAGGAGGACGACAUGCCGCCGCGGCGGUGCCCGGAGAUUUCGGCCAUUAAGAAGGACUCUCUUUCGGUGGCGCAGCAACAAGACCUGUCCAUGGUGAUGGGCCUGUUCAACAUAAAGCAGCACCACGCGCGUGCUCUCCUGAUCCACUAUCGGUGGAACACUGAUCGCCUCGGUGACCACCUGGAGAGGAAAGGGCAAGAACGCAUGCUCAUGGAGGCAGGCGUCGCGCUACAGCAACAGGAGACGAGCAGCAGCAGCAGGCCUUCUUCACGAAGCAGGGUGCUCUGCGAGGUGUGUUUCGAGGACUUCUCCCCGCGGCACGUCUCCACGGUGGACUGCGGCCACUCCUUCUGCAACGACUGCUGGACGCAGCACUUCGUCGCCGCGCUCGACCUCGGCAAGAAACAGAUCCCGUGCAUGGCGUUCAAGUGCCCCGCCAUCUGCGACGAGGCCGUGGUGCAGCGGCGCCUGGGCCACAGGGACCCCGCCGCAGCCCAGCGGCUCCACGACUUCCUCCUCCAGUCGUACGUGGACGACAACAGCGCCGUGAAGUGGUGCCCCAGCGUCCCGCACUGCGGCCACGCGAUCCGCGUGGACGCCGCCGACGAGGUGGAGCCGCUGUGA